CCGAUAGUUGGAGAACGCUGACCGCCUGCCAUUCUAACUCAGCAAACAUUUUCUGGAGCCUCCGCGUCGGAAGAGCUUCGCCGCAGCUCGAAAUAAAGACCUCUCCAGACAGGAGUCAAUCCUAGUUUAUACCCGGCCUUUCACCCUUUCCAUGACUCUGACACUUGCUCCGCAUAUUCCUCGAUGCUGUCGCGUGGCCACCCGUGUCUGAAAAGACAUGUAUUGCCCACCGUCUUAGACACCAUUGCGGCUCCCCCCGAAGAACCUCUCCUAUUCCUGUAUCCCCGCUGGUUCACAGCUGCAGUUCGUCACCGGAGAUCAAUCUCAACAGCUCAAUAUACCCCUACAAGUACCACGAGACUGCGCAACGCGGGCGGAUUUGGUCCGGGGACGCACAGGAGGUUGUCGCUUGGUGGUUCUACGAGACGGUGGGCUUCCAGUAACAAUGCUGUUAGACCGGAUGUAACUGAGGAUGCUGGAAGCUCACAGCAGCACGAAGCGUCUACCAGUACACUGGAAAAUGGCCAGACUGAGCAGGCUGAGAGCGAGAGCGGACGCGACGAGUUUUCCCCGCAUGGACACACUACGGACGACACCAACCCUUCGUUUCCUGCUUCUGCGGAAGAAGAUAAGUCGCUUGGAGCGAGACGAAAACGCUUGUUUAAUAUAUUUGCCGACAUUCAGUCCAGACCUCACAUUUACCAUCCGCCAUCACCCCCGAAAUCAGGUAACUCCGCGAAAGGCAGAGACCUCAAGACCCAUACGAGACCAUUGGCGGCCGCUCCCAAAGGCCCGGUUCAAGAGAGAACGCGUGCUAUUAUGAAGAGGUUGUCAGUCAGAGAUAGACGGAAAUUACGGUUUCGAAUGUACUUCAACGAGCGAGCCGAAGCCAAAUCGAGGGCGAGGUGGACACUGUGGCCUAAAAUUCAAAAGUUACUCGAGGAAAUGGAGCAGAAUACCACCGUAUGGAAGAAGGCAGGUAUCCAAUAUAAAGAGAUGCUAUUACCAGAGGAGACCGUUGCCCUUCUUGCGGGCGCUACAGACAUGGCAAUGAGGGAAAAUAUCUGGCAUGUGCCUGUGCACAAUGGGUGCAAGGUUCAUGUGCUACAUCCACGGGAAAGCGAGGGUCAGUACAGGAAAGUUGUAUUAUCUGGCUCCAAACGAGUGGUAGAAUUGGUCGAAGGUCGUAUUGCAAAAACGAAAAGCCUUCAAGAAAAUGGUGAUCCUUUGGUCGAUAUCCGGAAACCACCGAUUCCAGUUUUUCCUUCAAUGGAAGCCAUGGCGCGGAAAAAUAUACCGGCGCCGCUUAUUCACGGUGUAUGGGAUCGAUAUAGAGGGGCUAAGGACCCUGCGACUUUGGAUGUGCUUCUCCCUCAAUCGCAGAAUUUGUCGAGCGUCAGAGAAUUUGCGGAGCAAGUGGAUGAAUUAACACGAUCAGUGCCUUCUUAUGGCGCCCCUCAGGGCAAUCCUCACUAUCGGAGAAUCGCUAAAUCUCUGGUCAAAAUGUUCAAGAAUGAUCGGUACCAUAGCUUCUUGUCGAGCGCCGCCGUCAAUACAGCGCUCUCUUUCCUCCUUGAUCGAGAUUUUGUGGGCUACGCGCGCACCAUCUUUCUCAUCGCUGAGCAUGUCGUAACCGUAGAUUCCUUUAACAUCGUGUUGAAGUUCGCGGCUCAGAGGCAGAAUAUGAUGUUAUACCACCAGUUCCUAAUGACAAUGCCACGAUUGGAUAUCCGACCGAAUUCAGAUACCUGGCUUACAUUCCUCGAGUGCCUUAUCUCCCCGAAAUCGAAGGGGGCUCUCGUCUCGCUUAUGAUAGAGAAAGGCUAUCUCAGCGGAUCUAGCGCCAUACGGACCGCGUUGCAGGUGACGAUACAGGAAACCUUUCUUGCACAUUUAGAGAGUGGCAAAAGCGUGGAGUCUUUUUUCAAUAUGCUUAUUGACACAUGUGGUGCCAAUUGGUUCCCGCCAUCACUCAUAAAUCAGAUGUUGAGUGUCGCUGCCACGCGGAAGGACGUUCCAACCAUGGAGCGAUUACUUCACAUUUGCAAAACGCAAGGUCUUGCUGUCAAUAGUGGCACCGUCACCCAAAUCAUCUCGAUGUUUCGCAAGGAUCUCUUUUCCCUCCUCCGGUAUCUGUUCCAAUUCAUCGACCGCCCUGAGAUGAAGCUCGAGAAAAACGCUUGGGAGAGACUUUUCCUGAUGGCCUUCAAAGGACGACACUAUAAUACUUGCCGUGUGCUAUGGAGAUACGCAUGCAUAUAUAAGGGCGUGACACAUAAAAUGCGGCAGACUGUGCUUACAUCGCUCGUUCGCAAUGCAUCCUAUCGAAAAAGUGGAGGUCAGUACAAUGAGCUUUGGCUCACCAGCGCGGGCAAAGUCAUUGUGGGAAUUGACCUUCACCUUCCACAUUAUCCACUGGAUGACAAACUCGCGAAGUUUAUACCAUCUGAGUUCAAUCGGAACCCGGUUGCCUAUCUUGCGACUUUCGCGUCUGCUGGUGAGGAGCGUAAGAAGCAGCAACGCCUGGCGUCAGCACUGAUACUACGUGAUAUAGAUUGUGGACCGAUGUACCGACCUUUGAGGUCAAUGGGGAUCAUGUUGGAGGCGGCAGCAGUGCUGGAUCAGGAGUGGAAUUGGAUCCCUCGGCCCACACAGUGGUUGGUGCAAAAUGCCAUUCAGGUUCCUGUGGGCAAAAAGUCGAGCUAUGUGCAGUGAACAUGGUUGAAGUCUCUCCUGGGGCUGAACUAUGCUCAUCUCCUUUGCUCAAUGACUCAAUUCCAACAUCUUCCACAUAUCUCGAUUAUACGCUUUGUUGAAGUUUGGGCUCAGCAGCCUUAUUU